GCAGCUGAAGCUUACUUGCUUUGAGAGAGUGGCACCAACAUUUUCACAUUUCACUUUGUUUUUAUUUUCUCUGUUUUGCAGGUGAAAUAUCCACGCCGUGCGCUAAUCAAAGUCCAGAGCAGCAACAUGAGGUUUGAAGAAACAUCUGAAGAGGCUUAAUGCCCCAAAGCACUGGAUGCUUGAUAAACUUGGGGGUGCAUUUGCUCCCAAGCCUUCGUCUGGGCCCCACAAGUCCAGGGAAUGCUUGCCACUAAUCCUGAUCUUGCGAAACAGGUUGAAGUAUGCCCUUACAUACCGUGAAGUCAUUGCAAUUUUGAUGCAGCGACAUGUUUUGGUUGAUGCGAAGGUUCGCACUGAUAAGACUUACCCUGCAGGCUUCAUGGUUUUGUACAUGUCGUAUCUAUUGGCAGAUGUUGUAUCAAUUCCAAAGACAAAUGAGAACUUUCGUCUGCUUUAUGACACUAAGGGCCGCUUUCGCCUUCAUUCAGUCAGGGAUGAUGAGGCAAAGUUCAAGCUCUGCAAGGUCCGAUCAGUGCAAUUUGGACAGAAAGGAAUCCCUUACCUCAACACUUAUGAUGGAAGAACUAUUCGCUAUCCAGACCCACUUAUCAGGGCCAAUGACACCAUCAAGCUAGACUUAGAGACCAACAAGAUCACUGAAUUCAUCAAGUUUGAUGUUGGAAAUGUUGUGAUGGUAACUGGAGGCAGGAAUAGAGGACGUGUUGGAGUCAUUAAGAACAGAGAGAAACAUAAAGGGAGCUUUGAGACCAUCCACAUCCAAGAUGCUCUAGGUCAUGAGUUUGCAACCCGUCUAGGUAAUGUUUUCACCAUUGGCAAGGGUACUAAGCCAUGGGUGUCUCUCCCCAAGGGCAAGGGUAUCAAAUUGUCUAUCAUCGAGGAGGCAAGAAAGAGACAAGCCCAAGCAACUUCUGCAUAAAGAUGAUAACUUGAACCACCUCAUGCCAUGUCUUUAGAAUGUUUACUAGAUGGAAAAGUUAGUUCGAGUUCUGCAAUUUGAUACUUUCUUUGAGUUUCAUUCAGUGUUCUUUCUUUUUUUGGACCAUAGUAGCUAGGUCAAGUUUAUGAGUUGCAACACCUGUUUUAGUUCUAGUUUGGGAGGGAAUGAAGAAAUAACAUUUAUAGACAUUUUUUUGACAAUA